AUGAAGAGUUAUUUGUCUAUCGCUCUUUUAAGCAAAAACCCGUGCGAGGAGAAGUCGCUAUCCAAAAGGCUGGACGAGAUCGAAAAAAUGAAAAAGAAGAUUCUUCGCGAAUCAGCUGCCAAAAUGUCAAGCUUUGCCCUCCAGCACUUGUACAUCGCAAAGUACUAUGAUGCGAAAAAUGGCGAACAAUGCCGACCACCUCCCAAAGUCAGUCAAAAUGGUGCUUGCCCCUUACCAAGGUUGGCUGAGAAACCAAAGCAAGGCAGGAAUCCACAUUUUCUGGAUAGAGUUGAGCCGAGCGCCGAUUGCACAACUUCCAUGCCCAAAUCUCGUAGAAGUUUGUCAGAAAAGUGCGUUCCCCUGACACCAAAGUCUACCGAGCAAGACCAUGCUCCAGUUGAAAGCAAAGCUCCAAGUAUUAGCAGUCAACCAAAUUAUGUUCCCAGGAUCGCUUCAGCCCAAAAUUCUGAGCCAAAGUACCAUCGCAGUGUAUCAGACGUUGUGGCCCCAAUUCAUAGCUUGAUGUUUGUGGGGGAGGACGCAGAAUCUGAGAACGCCCCAAGAAGAUUAAACGCGUGGGAUCUAAAAGAAGACAAAGAAAAUUUGAAGAGUUGCAAUAACGCCCUUCUAAAGCGAAAAGUCUCGCAGUACCUUGUUCCUAAAUUAGAAGAUAUUGUGCUUGAGGGUUGCAAGCGAAAGGAAUCCGAAAGUGUCCCGAAAGAUGAUUGCGAAGCAGCACCCGACGAGGGACGGAAGGCCGUUGUUCCAAUCCAAAGAAGGCAACGCCGAGCUACUGUAGCAGGAGAGAGGCCUUCCUUAACCCAAGAGUUCAAUCGCUGGCAGAAGACAGUUAGGCUCGUGAAAGACUUGCCAAAACAUGAGCAAGCAGAGAUCUUACGAGGAGCUUGUUUCCUGAGGAUGGCAGUGCCUGGGUUUAAUAGCGCUCCUGUUAAAACUGAGGCAUCCCGGCCACCAACUCAACUUCAAAACACCUCAAUAGUCAUUCCACCCCGUGCACUGAGGAUUGAACACUCAACUCUGGACCCUUUGAAGUUUGCUGCACGUACAAAAUAA